AUGUCACUACAGUCGACGAGAUUAUUUCACGCUUUGAACUUAUCUAUAUUGCGAUCAGUAAGUUAUCACAAAAAUGUUAUCGAUCAUUACGAGAAUCCACGAAAUGUUGGAGCGUUGGAUAAAAAUGAUCCGAAUGUUGGCACAGGAAUCGUUGGUGCGCCGGCUUGCGGUGAUGUGAUGAAAUUACAGAUUAAGGUUGAUGAAAGUGGUAAAAUAAUAGAUGCUAAAUUCAAGACGUUUGGUUGUGGCUCAGCAAUUGCAUCGAGUAGUUUGGCAUCAGAAUGGAUUAAAGGCAAAACAACUGAAUAUGCAGCAAAAGUGAAGAACGAUCAAAUUGCUAAAGAAUUAAGCCUUCCUCCUGUUAAAAUCCAUUGCUCAAUGCUUGCCGAAGAAGCUAUUCAAGCAGCUCUAAGCGAUUACAAGAGGAAGCAAGAGAAAAUCAAACAGUAA